GAACACAAACUUUUACUUCCACGUCGAAUAUUUUUUGUGAAUGCAGCAAAAGGGGUGGAAUAAUGUCUGACAAAAAAUUCACUGUCCUUUUACCAACAUACAACGAGAAAGAAAAUCUGCCCUUAAUAACUUGGCUUCUGGUUAAAACAUUUACGGAACACAAAAUCGAUUACGAAGUUAUUAUCAUUGAUGACGGAAGUCCUGACGGAACACAAGAUGUGGCUAAACAAUUGCAAAAGAUCUACGGAGAAGACAGAAUCGUCUUGAAACCACGGGAAAAGAAACUUGGAUUAGGUACUGCUUACAUUCAUGGAAUGAAAUUUGCAACUGGAGAUUUUAUCAUCAUAAUGGAUGCUGACUUAUCACAUCAUCCAAAAUUCAUUCCAGAAUUUAUCAAGAAGCAAAAAGAAAGCAACUUUGAUGUCAUAUCAGGGACUAGAUAUAUUGGGAAUGGUGGAGUGUAUGGAUGGGACCUUAAAAGAAAGCUAAUUAGCCGAACUGCAAAUUAUAUAACUCAAAUACUGUUACGACCUGGUGCUUCAGAUCUAACUGGAAGUUUCAGAUUGUACAAAAAAGAUGUUUUAGAAAAACUGGUCAAAUCUUGUGUUUCAAAAGGUUAUGUCUUUCAAAUGGAAAUGAUAAUAAGAGCAAGACAAUUUGGUUAUUCCAUUGGAGAGGUACCAAUUUCAUUUGUUGACAGAGUAUAUGGUGAUUCAAAGCUAGGUGGAAAGGAGAUAGUUGGCUUUGCAAAGGGACUAUUGACUCUCUUUGCGACAACAUAACUUUUCGAAAAGAUUGUUUUAAACAACAUUAAGUGGGAGAUCAAUUGAAUUUAUCUAAGAAUAGAAGUAGAUUAUUGAAUAAGUGUUAUGAUGCAACCAUUGUCUAGAUGGA